GAGAAAAUAAUGUUACACCCUGAAAACUUUUUUUUCGUGCAGUGCAUAGUGGGCACGUGGUACUCAGAUUGUAGUACUGCGGUUUUGAUUCAGACGCUGCUGAUUAGGGAUUGCGAUGAUGCAACUGUAAUUCAGACUGGAAAAUGGCACACUCCAGGAAAAGCGAUGAUAGGCGAACGGUCAACGGGCCUGAUAGCGAGAGGGACGGAAAAGUCAGAAGAAGUGAUCUGCCUAUGAAUAAUCUCAGGCCUGCAGGAUCCGUCCUGGAUAAGAAUCAGCCGUACAUGCGCAUAAAUGACGAAGUGGACAUUCCGGGGGCAGUGAAGGAGAUUCUAGCCGGAGACCAACCAUGGAUCCAGGGCACGCCGGAUGCCAUUAUUACGUACAUCACCGGUUUUGCGCAUUUCGAACAAUGGAAGCGCGACGAUCUGCGGUCGGCCAUGCAAGGAGGGUUCCUUAAGGUCAUCAAUACUCUGAAUGUGGCCGUUUUUGACGACGGCCUCCAGUAUGGUGUGUCGCGAUUGCUCGGCGCUGCGGUUCGCGAGGAGGAAAUGUACCGUCUCAAACCGGAUAAACGUGGAAAACCGGCAAUUGCAGCUCUUAUCGGAGCGAUUCCUUUAGUACGAUUGGAUGAACAAGAAACGGCUGAAUCACUGGGUCGAGACUUUUUUGCCCGUUCAGUAUCCUCUGACAUCCAGCUGGAGAAUGUGCAAAGGUACGGGAGAAGUCAAAAUCACUCAGCCUAUCUGUAUAUCAGUCAGUCCUAUCGCGAGGCUGGUCUACUUCGAGUGGCGGUGGAAAAACGAAUCCAACAGGAACUUAGCGAUCGUGCGUCGCAAGUUGCCGAACGCAUGGGUAACAUCCGGAAAGAAGUCCCGUUGAUAGCGGUGCUAUUUCAAGGCGAAAUUGAGGAUUUAGAUCGUGUGAAAGCAUAUUUAAACGGUGGUACUCCGGUGAUUGUGUAUGAUGGGUGUGGCGGCUUGGGGGACAUUAUUGGAUCGGCGGUCACCGACAGCGAUGAAAUGGAUGGGAAUCGGCUUCGUAAUACCAUUGAAGUGAAGCUGCAGAAAGAGUUCCCUUUUUUGCGCCAAAACGAAACGGCACUGGCUGAUGCCGCCGGCAGCGUUCUUGAGAUUCUUGGCUUGUCGCGGUUGGAAGGCGGUGGCGGGAUGCCAUUGUUGUCGGUGGUCAAUGGGCGAUCUAUUGACACGUAUAAUAACCUAAACAGCCAGAUUAUUCAAAGUGCCAUCGUUGCGUCCAGUGGAAAUGCGUCUCCGGAAUUGUUUAAUACCUUCCUUACACUGGCCAUCAAGACUAAUAAAAUUGAUGUUGCCCGGCAUAGGUUACUGACCAAGCGGCCUUGGUCAAACAUGGAACUGCCUCAGCAAGCUUUUGAAACAGCAUUACUCCUUCCUGGACGUGAAGCUUUCGUGGACACCUUUCUAACACAAAAAUUCCCAGUUCGGUCAUAUCUCAGUCAUCUAAAACUGCUGAAAUUAUUCCGGGAGGCACGCGAUCGCCAGUUUUUUCCUCAGCAUGUCUGGGAAGGAAUCUUACAGUUCAGUUUAGCGGAACCAAUCAGCGAAAACUUUAUUCUUACGGAUUUGAAUCGGUUAAUAGAACGACUGUCUGGAGUUUACGAUUACAUUGACCCAUACGAGUUGUCUGCAAAUGCUUAUAACGGCUCUGGUUCCACCUCUGCAGUUGUAGCUGAACGAAAGGCAAUGAAUGCGCUGCUUGUUUUUGCCGUGUUUUUUAAUCGAGCAAAAUUGGCUAAAAUACUAGUGAAACAUUCUCAUGAUCCAUUACUCCAAGCUCUGUUUGCGGAAUGCUUAUUCCAUGCCAUGUAUAGUCGAAUACCCAAUGUGGCGAUCAGUGGCAUGGUCAAGAACGUCGCCAACGAUUUCGCGCAGAUGUCCCUGGAUAUUUUUGACGCCGGUGUUACCUCUUCACCAACCCGUGGCCAUGCUAUUCUUACCCGUACCUUUCCUGAUUAUAACGGAAAAACACCACUAGAAAUGGCAUACGACACUAACAACAAGAAAUUUCUGGCCCAUAACAACGUCCAGUCAUGGCUGGAUCAAUACUACCAUAAUUUCAUUAAAGUCAAAGGAAAUUUUGACAAUAUAAAAUUGUUUUUGUCUGGAUUGUUUUUAUUCCCCAUGUACCUGUGGUUGACCUUUCCCAAAGUCAAGAAAUCCCAGUCUUUACCUCCUGAUGAAACCUUGAAAGAAAAAACUCUACGACCGAGAAAUCCAGACGAUGUAGAAAAGAUGUUGAACAAAGUGAAAAAGAUUCAAGCAGGCCGACAGAGUCCCGAUCGCAGCUAUUUUGGCCCACAGCGGCCAUCGUUUGGUGAAAUGGUUCACGAAGUUUGGAAAGCCCCAGUCGUGAAAUUCUACACAUGGCAUAUGUUCUACUGGUUUUUCAUUAUUAUCAUCUGCGUGGAUAUAAUGCUUCCGCCGUGUCGGUACAUUGGAGUGGACAUCACGGUGUGGGUCUUCACCAUUACGAUGUGGUUGGAGUUGAUUAGUCGGACGAUUUACGACGUGCAAAUGCAUCGGAAACUGGACUGGGUAGAGCGUUCAUAUGAUCUUAUUAGCCAGACAUUGUUCAACAUCCUCUUUUUUCUGUAUCGAAUUGAUCCAUAUCGAUACGAUCAUCCUUUUGCUGGACGCGUGAUUUUAGCAUUCGGCAUAAUUUACUACUGCUACCGCGUAUGGGGAUUAUUCUACUACAUGGAGCGCACGAUCGGUCCCUUGAUUCGUGUUGUCAACAAAAUGUAUUCUUUUGAUUUAACACGUUGGAUUCUUCUCAUGGCACCAAUGACGAUUGCUUCGACGGUGAUCUGGAUGGGAGUAAUCAAUCCGGAUUGGCCGAUGACAGGCGACGAUUGGCGCCAUGCGUUUUACCGGGGAAUUUUCACAUUCUUUGGGUCUUUCCACAUGGAGCUAGAAUAUUCUCCCCCGUGCGAAGCACGUCGCGUAACACCGCAAAGCUAUCAGACUGGUGGAUAUCCUUGGGUGCACGUGGACAAAAGGACAAGACAACCCGAUGCCUACCCUACUGAACGCUGCUGGUCCGGCCAGUACGACGACUACACAUGUCCAACAGUGUCUUUCUGGUCCUACUUCUUUGUCAUCCAGUUCUACAUUCUCCUCAAGCUGGGUCUCAUGAAUAUGUUGACUGCCUUUUACGUCACGCGCAACCUCGGUGAGGGCGCCAAAGCCGCAAUGGUCUGGAAAUACCACCGCUCACGAAUUAUUAUGGACUAUGCACGACGCACACCCAUUCCCCCGCCCUUUUUCUCGCUGGGAUACAUAUAUUUAAUUUUUAAAAGUUGUGGAAAGAAAGAGGAGAAGCAUCUUCGCGGCGUAGAACUUCUGGACGGCGACAAAGACCCCGAUAUGAUCGAAUCCUAUACAUACUGGACAGGGGUAACGAAAGAUUAUUUUAGAAUGAAGGAACAGCAAGAAGCCGCUCCUUCUCAAGCCCAGCAGCAGCUUGCCACGUUGACUGCAAUUCAAGAGAGUUUAGGACUUCUAACUAAGAAGAUCGUUUCGGCCGAUCGGAAAGUCAUGGAUGUGGAUGAAUCUACGAAACAGGCGCAGAUCACUGUGUACGACGCCGCAGCCGCUGCCAAACAAAACAAAACGGUAAGCUUGGCCGAAUUCGCUCAACAGUGGCCGCACAAUUUAUCGAGGGUGACACCGUAUCCUGGAACAUCAGUCGCGAGAUUGUUUGUUACGGACGAGAAAGUUCCAUGGACGGCGCCUGUGGAACAUUAUCGACCUCCUACCUACAAUAAGGCCAGUCGAGAUUUUACGGCAAGUGAACGAAAUUUGGUGGAUCCAGAAAACGACUUCGCGUCCUCGGUAGCGGGUUCACGUGCGGGUAGCGUCGCCAAUGUCAACUUGGUAGGCUACAAAUGGAACUCUGUGGAUGAAGGAAAGGAUGGCAAUAUCGUCAGAACUUCUUGGAUUACCAACGACGAUAAACAACCAAUUUCUUACGAAGUCGAUGCGGUUGGAAAUCCAUUGAAUCCUUUCGGCCGAACUGGACUGAAAGGGCGUGGCGCUCUACAACGUUUUGGACCGAAUCAUAAGGUCAUCAUGGUUAUCACUACUCGUGUGCCUGGAAAAGGUUUUCGAUACAUUAUGCAACGUGCUCCUGGAAAAGUGCCAUGUUUGCCUCAGAGUUUCCUACAGCAAUAUGACUCGGAAUAUGCGGUUGGCUGUCUGCUGAUUGACGCCUUUCUGUAUGAUACCGUGACACUGGCUGCCAGGGAUCUCAAUGUAUCUACUGUGCGAAAUAUAGAAAACAUGCGAAACAUCAUUGAGAGCGUCCUGAAAUCCCGCUUGUCAGCUAUCAUCGACAAUUUUGAUCGCGUUCGUAUCGCGGUGCGGGAACUUUACCGUGGUUACGUCGACAACGCACUGAACACCGAUAACGCCUGGCUGGAGGCCGUGGUGUUCCACAUUAACUUGCCGACUUUUGGCAUUGACAAGUUCAAGAACUAUCGCUGGCGCGAUUAUAAUGCCGCCGAAAAUCCGCUGAAUGAAUUAGACGCAGCGGCCAUUCGCCAGAUUGCCGUCGAAUGGGGAUUAUAAGCCACGAUUCAGUAACAAAAUGCAUUGAUGUCACCGAUGUGGCCAUGUAUUACUAUUAUUUAGGCUUUUUAGGGACUUUAGUUUUAAGUACAACUGUACAGGUACACAUGAUAACCUGAUGUUUAAAUUUUAAAUGCUGUUGUGGGAUUAUUCCCACAACUUAUUUAUAGAAUUAAUAUAGCUGUUCAUUAUCCGCAUUACUUGCAUUAAACACAUAAUAUCUCAA